GCCGGCCACCCCUCCGCUCUACGCACGCGUACUUCAUCGGCUUGUCCCGGGUCUCCUCUCACGCAGCCGCCAUUUUCUCUGUUGCGGUAGAGCUUCCGAGUAACCUUCGGGAAAAGAAACGAGCGAGUUUCUUAUUAUUAUUAUCCAUGGCGGCGGAGAACCCGCCCGGGCUCGCUGGAGAGGCGGCAAUUCCCCUCAGCGGCGGCGGCUCGGAGGGCCUUGGAAGCGGGGCGACGACGCGGCGCCUGAACGAACUGCGGGUGAUUGACCUGCGAGCCGAGCUGAAACGCCGCAACUUGGACAGCAGCGGCAACAAGAGCGUCCUUCUCGAACGCCUCCGGAAGGUGAUUGAGGAGGAAGGGGGAGACCCUGAUGAAAUUCCGGUAGUCUCAGAAAUAACCCCUAAGAAAGUGCCCAAGAGAAGCAGCAAAGGGCGUAAACCAGAGGAAGAUGGAGUUGAAGACAAUGGUCUUGAGGAAGACUUUGGAGAUGGGCAGGAGGAUAUUGAAGCAAGUUUGGAUAAUUUGCAGGAUAUUGACAUGAUGGAUAUUAGUGUGUUAGAUGAAGCUGAUGUAGAUAACGGCAGUGUGGUAGGCUGCCGAGAGGAGGAUGACAGUGCUGAGAGUAGACUUGACUUGCUCUCGGAUAGUAACGGAAAGGCUGGUGCGGAAAGGAGAGGACUCCCAGAACAGCUUGCAGGAUGUCCUGCAGGUCACAUGGAGGCGCCUCCGCAUUUGCCAGACAUUACGGAAGAAUCGAGAGAAAUACCAGUAGCCAUGAUAGAAGGUGAUGAUGCCGGAAACACUUCGGAGGUGGCAGCCUCUGACUUUACGAAUGUAAAGGAACUUGAAGAGUUUCCUUUGGACUCAGAAAAUGAGAAAGUGCUCGACAUUUUGGGUGACACUUGUAAAUCUGAGCCCCUUAAAGAAGACACUUCUGAAGCGGAGCAGGCACAGGAAGUGAAUGACCCGUUGCCGGGCAAAAAGGCGGAAGAGGAUGAGGAAGACGCGCUUGCCGAUGCCGCUCGGGCGGAGGAAGACCUUUUAGAUACGAACAGCCAAUCAGGCCAGGCUGUGGCCAGGAAGCAAGAAGAGGAGGAGGAAGAGGAAGCGAAGCACUUAGUGGUAGCGAAAGGGGAGACGAGCGAGGAGACAGUAGAGGAAGCCAAACUGGACUGUGACUCUUUAGCGGUAGAGAGCAGGAAUGGUGGAGGUGGUGAGAGUAGCAGAGCAGCCCAAACUCUGGAGGCCGGUAGUGAGGCAACUGCGGAGACGGACGCAGGUCCCCAGGUUGUUAGCCAAGAUGCCGCGAAGACAGAAGAGAAGGCUAAUGUUGAGGAAGACUCCUCUGCCACUAGAGAGGCCUCUGCCAAAGAGGGUGGUGAUCAAAACAUGAGCUCUAAUGAGGAUACAGAGGCUAAAAGUGCUUCCAAGGAUGAGAAGGGUCGCACUGCUGCGAGUUCUGGCAGAAACCUGUGGGUUAGCGGACUUUCUUCUUCGACCAGAGCUACAGACCUGAAAAACCUCUUUAGCAAAUAUGGAAAGGUGGUGGGUGCAAAAGUGGUGACAAAUGCCCGCAGCCCUGGCGCCCGCUGCUACGGCUUCGUCACCAUGUCUUCGUCUGAAGAAGCGACAAAAUGCAUCAGCCACCUUCACAGAACGGAGCUGCACGGGAAAAUGAUCUCUGUGGAAAAAGCCAAAAAUGAACCUGCUGGGAAAAAGGCAUCUCUGGAAAAGAAAGAGAGUGAGGCGAAUAAAGAGAAGGACAGGCACCACUCUACGGAUUCCAGAUCGGAAAAGGGUCUUAGCCUUAAAAGAGAAGAAAAGGCAGACAAGAAGGAUGACCCCAAGAAGCCAGAAGAAACAGAUGACGGAGAAAAGAAAGAAGGAAAAGAAACGGAUGAGCCCAGGACGGAACCCUCAGACUGUGCACCGUCUGAUAAAUCAGCAAGUCAAGGAGCAGAGCGGACAGUUGUCAUGGAUAAGUCCAAAGGAGAGCCGGUCAUUAGUGUGAAAACCACAACCACAUCAAAAGAAAGAAGCACAAAGAGCCCUGACCGCAAGUCGGAGAGCAAAGAGAAACAAGACAUUCUGUCAUUUGAUAAAAUCAAAGAGCAACGUGAACGGGAGCGGCAGAGGCAGCGAGAGCGAGAAAUCCGGGAGACGGAACGCCGGAGGGAGCGGGAGCGGCGGGAGCGAGAGCAGCGCAUCCAGGCCGACCGCGAAUGGGACGUGAGGCAGAAGCUCCAGCGAGAGCGGGAUCGGCUGGAGUUGCAGCGACAGCGCCUGGAGCGGGAGCGGAUGGAGCGGGAGCGGCUGGAGCAGGAGCGCAUUCACAUUGAGCAAGAGAGGAGGCGUGAGCAAGAGCGCAUCCAUCGGGAGCGGGAAGAGCUCCGGCGGCAGCAGGAGCAGCUGCGCUAUGAGCAGGAGCGCCGCUCUACCCUGAAGCGGCCGUAUGACUCAGAUGGGAGGCGUGAUGAUUCGUACUGGCCCGAGGCGAAGCGGAUGGCCAUGAAUGACCGAUACCAUUCAGACUUCAGCCGUCAAGACCGCUUCCACAGCUUUGACCACAGAGAUCGCGGCCGGUACCAGGAUCACGCGGUGGACAGGAGAGAAAGUUCAAGGACAGUCUCAGAUCGAAAUGGGCAGCACUACGACACGCGGCACGGAGGGCCUGAGCGCCACUCCCGGGACUCCAGGGACGGCUGGGGCAGCUACGGGUCCAACAGGAGGCUAAGUGAAGGGCGGGGUUUGCCUCCGCAGUCCCGAGAUGGCCGCGACUGGGGAGAUCAUGGGCGCAAGCUCGAGGGACACCAAGAUCGCUCCUGGCAGGACAGUGUGGAUGGAGGGAUCGUGGGACGGAACCACGAGCGGUGGCAAGGCGGUGAGAGGAGUGUUGCUGGCCAGUCAGGGACCAGUCAUGUGAUGAGCAGAGGAGGAAUGACAGGGCGUGGAGGUUUUGUCCAAAGCAGUACCCAGAACACGGCGGUGCAAGGAGCCGGCGUGCAAGGCAGCUUUGCAGGCCAGGAUCGAACGAACCGGUCCAGCAACCCUCGUUUCACCCGGCGCUAUUGAAGAUUUUUCUUCUUCUCAACAUAAGGUGGCAUCGCCCUCAAUUCUGUUGCCUGGUCACCUUCUUGGACUUUGGCCACUGAACAAAAAUCCACAGCACCCAGUUGUAGCUUGCAUAUGAUGUGAACUCAGUGGUUUCUUUUCCCUUUUCUUUUUUCCUCAGUAUGUUCUUAUCUGGACAAUUUGUUUCUGAGGAAGCAUUCCAUUUUACAUUAAAAAAUAAAUCUGUAUUGUAUCGUG